AUGGAAUAUAGACCUAAGGUGGUCUCUAAAGUAUGGAAGGGCAACCGGGAGAUGGUUUAUGAAUGCACAAGCUCUUCUUUUGAUGGUGUUAUUGCUAUGAUGAGCCCGGAGGACAGCUGGGUGGCGAAAUGGCAAAGAAUCAGUAACUUCAAGCCAGGUGUCUAUGCGGUUACAGUAACGGGCCGGUUACCUCCAGGUGUGGUGCGAGAGCUGAAGAGCAGAGGCGUCAUCUACAGAUCUAGAGACACGGCUGUUAAAACGUGAAAACAGUUUGCAUCCGUUUAUGGAUCACAUGUUUGUAAAGCUACACUCAUAACCAGCUGUUUUAGAGACUGCUGGUCUGUUAUUGUUUGUUAUUUCAUUUAAUGUUUUAGGAUUAUCUUUUUUUACUUGCUUUUUUGGGUAUUUGGAGCAAUUAUGGUUUGAUGAUGGAUAAAUGUACAUGGUUUAAACAUGAAUAAAAAGUUUUAUAAACAGCA